CAGGCUGACAAAAAUUCUUAUAAAAUGAGGACAAAAUUCAGUUUGAAUCAGUCGAGUGGACUCAUCGAUAAGCAACGGUAGUAAAGAGAGUCGUGUUAUCCAGCUGUUCGUUACCAAGUCAAAUUUCACUUAUUAUCAUGGCUAACUACGCCACAUUGCUGCUAUUGGCUGUUGUUUCUUUGAUGGCUGGAGAGGCCAUGGGUGGACCGAUGGGAUCGUCUUCAUCCGGGUACUACACCACUCCGGCGUCCUACUACACCAGCAAGGCUCCUGAGUACUACACAACGAAGAAGGCUGAGUAUUACACGACAAAAUAUGCUGCCCCGAGCUACUACACCGAACCUCCCAAGUACUACACGACCAAAGCGCCGGAAUACUACACAACUACGUAUGGUGCUCCGACGUACUACACCGAAGCCCCCAAGUACUAUUCGGCUCCAAGUUACUACGCAGAGGCACCCAAAUACUACACAACGAAGGCACCGGAGUAUUACACAACGACUUACGCUACAUCAAGCUACUACACUGAGGCUCCAAAGUAUAACUCUGCUCCCAGUUACUACACCACUGCUGCUCCUUCGUAUUACGUUGAACCUAGCUACUACACUACAACGUAUGCUGCUCCAUCUUACUACACUGAGGCUCCCCAAUAUUACACCACAAAGGCUGCUGAAUACUACACAACUAAAGCCCCGGAGUACUAUACCAAGAAAGCUGAAUACUACACCACCACUUACGCUGCCCCUGUUUACUACACUGAGGCUCCCAAGUACUAUCCGGCUCCGACCUACUACCAAAGUGAAGAGCCACAGUACUACACCACCAAGGCACCUGAAUACUACACCACCACUUAUGCGGCUCCCAGCUAUUACACUGAGGCUCCAAAGUACUACUCUGCCCCAAGCCACUACCCUGAAGCAGCUCCUAAAUACUAUUAGAGGCAAACCCCCAGCUACUACACCACCAAGGCUCCCGAGUACUACACAACGAAGAAGGCCGAGUAUUAUAUAACAACAUAUGCUGCACCUAGCUACUACACCGAGUCACCAAAAUACUACACGACCAAAGCGCCUGAAUACUACACCACAGCAUCCUACUACACCACUACAUAUGCUGCUCCGACCUACUACACUGAAGCUCCCAAGUCCUACUCAGCUCCAAGCUACUACACUGAGGCUCCGAAAUACUACACCACUAAGGCACCGGAGUACUACACAACGUUUUACGCUGCACCAAGUUACUACACCGAAGCCCCCAAGUACUAUGCUGUCCCCAGCUAUACUACUACUACCGCUGCUUACUACACCGAAGCAGAAGCAACCAAGUACUACGUAGCUCCGAUUUACUACACUGAGACCCCUCAGUAUUACUCCACCCCGUCUUACUACACCGAGCCUAGCUACUACACAACAACAACCUAUUCCACCCCAGCUUAUUACCCUGAAGCUCCAAAAUACUACUCGGCACCAAGUUACUACACUGAAGCCCCGGUUUACUCUGCUACAUAUGCCAAGCCAAGUUACUACACCGAUGCACCACAAUACUACACUGCCACUUCUUAUUAUACCACUAAGGUCCCCGAGUACUACGCUAUGGAAAAGGCCGAAUACUACCCUACCACUUAUGCUGCUCCCGUUUACUUCACUGAGGCUCCUAAAUAUUCGGCUUCAACCUACUACCAGAACGAGGCUCCGAAGUACUACACCACUAAGGCGCCUGAAUACUACGCGCCUACUUAUGCUACCCCAAGCUACUACACCGAAUCCCCCGUCUAUUACACUACAACUUACUCCGCUCCCGAGUACUACACCACCAAGGCUCCCGAGUACUACUCAGCUCCAAGUUACUACCAAACUGAAGCCCCCAAAUACUACACCACAAAAGCGCCAGAGUACUACACCACCACUUACGCUGCUCCCAGUUACUACACCGACGCUCCAGCCUACUACCCAACAUAUGCAACCCCAUCUUACUACACUGAGCCACCAAAGUACUAUUAAUUGUUAAGAUUGUGUUGUCCAUCUAGCUCGAUGAAGUGUCAAUUAGAUUUUGUUUUAUCAUUGGCAGUCCUCGUUCCAAAUUAAGUAUUUCCUUGAUAUAUAUUUAUGCAUUCACUAGUCGUUCCAUACCAUUGUGGUUACUCAAUGAAAUGAUGAAUAAAAAUGUAUAUUGUUACCUAA